ACACCAUGCUUCGUCCACAGUACAGUACCAUUAUAUUUAAUAUUAUGCUGUUUGACAACUCAGCUUUAAUUUCAAUACAAAAUGGCACCCGCUAUUGAAAUUCAUAGUGAAAAAUUGAAUUUGAAAAUUACAGAAUAUAUUCAGGAAUUGGGAUCAUGUUGGAGGUGUGCUAUCCGAUUUACGAGAGAAAGGAAACCAGAGGCCUAUCAACAGAAAAACCUUGAUUUGAAACAGGAACCUGAAGAAAAAGUACAGAAAACUAGUCCAUGCGUUAUUUGCUUGGGGUUGGUACAGGAUCAGUUCAUUAAAGAAUGUAUUACUGAUGAGAUUUCCCAACGUGUUAUUGAAUCUGAUUAUGAUUCCCCUACAUUUUCAUGUAUGGUUUCAUUGCCAGUGGCUAUUAUGCUCAGGGAACAAGCUGUGUGGUUUCUGGUAACUGAGAAGUUUCCAGAACUACUUUCAACUAACUUUAAAAUUGAUCAUGUCACAUCUCUCAAAGAUGUAUGGAAGUUUGUGUUCUCCGAGGCAUUGGAACUUAAACUAAAGAAAAAAUUGGAAUACAGCAGCUCAUCAUUCCAAAUCCAAGUCAAUGUACUUUACCAAGAUGAAAUAUCUGAAUGUGGUGCCUUAGUAGACAUGUGCCCUGAAAAAUUCAAACAUAGAUACAAGCAGACUAGAGUCUAUCGAGAAGGCAUUUUCACAAGAAAUGCUGCUCAUUCUGUGUUGUCAGGAAUAAGCUCUUUAAAUUUUAAGAAACACUACACAUUUAAAGUACCAAAUGUUGGCACCCACUAUGGUGUGGUACAAUGCUCACACACUUCCAUUCACAUUGCUGGUCGGUAUCAAAAAUUCUCCAGAAAACUCUGCCAAACACCUUGGCUUAUUGAAGGUGAAAAACACAUGGACACCUCCAUCCAGGAAUUGAUCUGCAAACACCUUGAGCCAUUUUUUAAAACUGAAAGUGUCAAAUUUUCAUCAUCUGGGCGCGAGGAUGUGGAUGUAAGAACUCUUGGGCUUGGUAGACCAUUUGCCAUAGAGCUUCUGGACCCACAUAGAACUCUCUUCACACAAGAUGAGAUUACCCAAGUGCAGAUUAUUAUCAAUAAAAGUACCGAUGCCAUACAAAUUCGCGACCUGCAAUUAGUCACAAAAGAACAAUUAUCUGUACUAAAAGAGGGUGAAGAAGAAAAAACAAAAAUCUAUCGAGCUUUAUGUGUAACGCUUGAUGGCUCGACACUAACAGCCGAAGAUUUAGAUCGUAUCAAUGGCACUACUGAACUUGUUUUGAUGCAGAAAACUCCCCUGCGUGUGUUACAUAGGAGACCUCUGGCUGUGAGACCACGAACUGUCCAUCAGAUAAAUGCUACUUUACUCGACGACUAUCCAGGGCAUUUCAUCAUGCGUCUCAAAACACAGGCUGGAACUUACAUAAAAGAAUUCGUUCAUGGCGACUUCAAUCGGACAGUGCCCAACUUAUGUAUACUAUUAGGUCGACCUGUGGAUAUUGUUGCAUUAGAUGUUGACGCUGUUGAACUAGAUUGGCCUCCGGCUCUUUUCAAUUGAAGCAAUACAAAAUUCAGCAAGAA